AUGCAGUGUCUCAAGGCGGGCCUAAAAUGCACUUACGACGAGAAGCCUGUCAAACGUGGCCGACGGCGGAAGGGACAAACCCGCGAGAGUACUCAUCCGUACUCUGGAAGUCUGCUUGAUUUGAAUUCUCCAUCCUCUCAAGAGCCAGGACUGUCGCCCACGGAAACGAUUGGAACUCUCGCAGAGCCCAACGUGGGUAGUCAUGCGCCUCAUGGCAUCCUGCCUGGCACAGACUGCGAAAUUUUUGAAGCUGAUGGCGACAACCUCCCAUUUGGACUACAGACUUCUGACUCCGAUGCGGUUCUAGUCGACGACGAUCAAUGCUUACUAUCGGAUGGGAUGCUCCAAGGUGACGAGCUUUCUAGGGGCGAUGAAAUAUGGAGCGCCUUGGACGAAUUUUUUGACACAAUGUAUGUUGUGUUCCCUGUUCUGUCAUACACCAGUCUCGCCUCACGUCUUAUCAUCGAACCAGCAUGGCGUGCCAUCCCUGAAUUCCGCACACUGCUUUUGUCAGUUCAGACAGUGAACGCAGCAAGUCAAUUCCGCAUGGCUCCAGGAGAUAAAGCGCGCCUUUCAACCCUCAUAUCUCAGGUUGAGAGGUCACGCUUGGAUUACAAUUUUGCCGAUCCAGCGACGCUUGACAGCGUGGUUAUCUCCUUAUUUCUCUUCACCGCCUAUAACGUCCUCGAAACACACAAUCGUGCAUUCCUGUAUCUGGAUGAAGCUCUCUCUCUUUUAGAGUUGGUGGAGCCUGUCGAUGAAGAAGAGCGGCAGAGAAAGAUACAGGUUGAGCAAGUUCUCUUCAAUACUGAGGCAGCAACUCUGGCAAUAUACGCAGACAAGCGCAGGCGACGACGGGCUCGCAGGCCAGGGAAGAUUGCGGACGUACCACCAAUGGCGUCACAUACCUUUGGCGCUAUUGAUGAACCCGACAGAGUUGCUAAGCACUUGUUGAGGCGACUCACUGAGAUACAUUUGGCUGAGAAUGCAGAAGCGUUCGAGGAAAUAGAUCUCGAGUCUGAGGCCGACAUGGCAACGCUGUUUGGCGCAGUGUUCAAACGCCAUCGAUACUCCCGCAUACAAGCAGCUGACGUCGUUGUUACCCGACAGUGGCAGCUUUCAACAAAACUUGUUGCCAAUCUCCGAAAGGGCCUGGGGAUCACGCCGAGAUUUCAGAAAUCAGUCGAAUUCCUAGGUCUUGCAGCCAUGUCCUGGAUUUGCUUGUUGGGAGAGGGCGAACUGCGAAUUGUGGGCCUGGGAAAGCUGUCCAGCCUUGCACAGAAUAUCUACAAUCUAGCAAGAAGAGGCCAGUGCCAGUACAUUCUAGGUGGUCUCGCAGGCGCUGUCAUCAAGGAGGAUCAUGAGAAAAUCUUUGCACCUCAGCUCGCUGAGGUAGUCAUGCCUUUGGUCUCGACAGUACCUCCACCAAUAAGUGUACGGUCGCACUACGAGUACCAGAGCUUGACGCCUCAGGCACGGACAACGUUGCAACUUGGGUCUGUGAAUGGUGGCGCCUUUGAGUCUGACACCGAUCAUUGGAAGUCUUCAACACAGGAUCAUGUCGAGGAGGCAUAUGAUUGCAGCCCACCAGACCUCCUUGAUCGAUUCAUUGAUCUAUCUUGA